AAGCUGACGGAAACUACUUUUCCUUACAGGAGCGCUGUGCCAAGGGAGUGUUACCAGUGUCGGUUAUAUUAGCCAAUAUUUUCUUUCCGUGAGUCCCAUAACGCGUCUCACACUUUCAAAGACACUGUGCAGCAGAGAAGCAUUGUACUUUAUUACCAGUCAGACAUGGCUGCCCAGUGUGUAACCAAGGUGGAGCUGACUGUGUCCUGUGAGAACCUCCUGGACAAAGACGUCGGCUCAAAGUCAGACCCCCUGUGUGUCCUGUUAAUGAACAGCUCUGAUUCUCAGUGGUAUGAGGUGGGUCGCACAGAGAAAGUCCAGAAUUGUCUCAGCCCAAAGUUUGCCAAGAAGUUUGUCGUUGACUACUACUUUGAAAUAGUGCAAAAGCUGAAGUUUGGGGUUUAUGACAUUGACAACAAGACAAUUGACCUGACUGACGAUGACUUCCUGGGUGAACUAGAAUGCACCCUGGGCCAAGUUGUAUCUAGUAAGAAACUGACCAGACCGCUUGUGUUGAAGAACAAAUCGCCAGCAGGGAAAGGGACCAUCACAAUCAAUGCAGAGGAAAUAAAAGACAAUAGGGUGGUGAAUUUUGAAGUGGCAGCAAGAAAACUAGACAACAAGGAUUUGUUUGGAAAGUCCGACCCCUACCUGGAGUUCUACAAGCAGACAGAAACGGGCUGGCAGCUGGCUCACAGAACAGAGGUGGUGAAGAACAACUUGAAUCCAACAUGGAGGCCGUUUCGAAUCCCUCUGCAGUCUCUCUGUGGAGGAGACAUGGAGAAGCCAAUAAAAGUUGAGUGUUACGACUACGAUAAUGACGGGUCACAUGAUCUUAUUGGAGUCUUUGAGACGACAAUGAGACGCCUCCAAGAAGCCUCACACACUUCUCCGGCAGAGUUUGAAUGCAUCAACAGUAAAAAGAAACAGAAGAAGAAAGGCUACAAGAACUCUGGUGUUGUGAGCGUAAAGUUUUGCCAGGUGGUGAAGGAGUAUACUUUCUUGGAUUAUAUUAUGGGAGGCUGUCAGAUUAACUUCACUGUGGCCGUUGACUUCACAGGUUCCAACGGGGAUCCCCGGUCACCCCAGUCUUUGCAUUACAUUAGUCCCCAGGGUGUUAACGAGUACCUCACUGCAAUCUGGUCAGUGGGUAAUGUCAUCCAGGACUAUGACAGUGAUAAGAUGUUUCCUGCAUUUGGCUUUGGAGCCCAGAUUCCACCCACAUGGCAGGUUUCCCAUGAGUUUCCGCUCAAUUUCAACCCAUCAAAUCCAUUUUGUGCAGGUGUUGAAGGUGUGGUUGCAGCCUACAGAAGCUGCCUGCCGCAAGUCAAACUGUACGGUCCCACCAAUUUCUCCCCGAUUAUCAACCACGUGGCCUGCUUUGCAAAGCAAGCCCUCCAGCAGACCACUGCAGCUCAAUAUUUUGUUCUGCUGAUCAUCACUGAUGGUGUGAUCACGGACAUGGACGAGACGCGCAACGCUAUCGUCAACGCCUCUCGCCUGCCCAUGUCUAUCAUUAUUGUCGGGGUCGGAGGGGCGGACUUUAGUGCCAUGGAGUUCCUGGAUGGAGACGAUGGUCGUCUGCGCUCUCUCACUGGCGAGGCUGCCAUGAGAGACAUUGUCCAGUUUGUACCAUUCAGGCAAUUUCAAAAUGCCCCGAAGGAAGCUCUGGCAAAGACCGUGCUGGCUGAAGUACCGGGUCAGCUGGUGGAUUUUUUUAAUACCAUGAAACUGAGUCCACCCAACUCCAACCCUGCAACCAACCCUGCAGGCACUGUGUAGCAGGCUCAUCUCAUCUCCGACAGCUAUAGAUCACCUCACACCUUCAUCGGAUUAUGCAAUCACCACACUGAGACAAAAGAAAACACACACCCUACACAAUCACUCUCCUAGGUUGAAUAAUCUGUCAUUACUUUUAGAUGCUAAAACAGGCUUGGUGCUUAAGAGAUUACAGUGAAUUCUAAAGCAACUGCAAGAUAACCAACACUAAGAUUUAAGGCUUUAGUGUUAAUGUAAUAUUUACUGAAUAACAGGAUAUUCAGAUUUACAAGAUAAAACACUGCAAAGCAGUGUGAUAGAUUUAUUUUUUUUAAUGUGUGUGUUUGUUGGAACCACAUUAUAAUAAUUAGGUAAAAUGUAGAAUAGGGAGUUCUGGGCUUCUCUGCUUAGGCUGCUGCCCCCACGACCCGGGCCCAGAUAAACAGAAAAAAAUGGAUGGAUGGAGGUAAAAUGUAGAAUAAUAGAUUAUCUUUUGAUAGAAUCAUACCACAUGUUUAUUGUUGUUGUUUUUGGCACGUGGAGCUUCUUCUAAAAGCUGUGGCAUUAUUGCACAUAUAUAAAAAGCAUUAUAUUAAUCUGUUUAGUUAGAAUGAAAUGCCAAACCCAGAGAAUUAUUCUGAAAUUAUGUUGUGAUAACUGGAAUGUAUAAUGCCAGUUUCUAGUUUUGUGUCAGCUACAUUUAGGAUACUUUGCUAAUCUUCAUCCAAGAGAUAAAGGUACCAUGGGAUCAUUUCUUCAACUGGACCAAGAACUAAGAGGAACAUAAAUCAGUAUUAAACAUGCUGGCACAGUAGAAACCAAACUCAGGACCGAUCGUUACAGUUAUGUAUAGAGUCUGAUUGAUACAGUAGUUUUUAAGAUCGAUAACGAUAUAUGAUGAUUUAAUAAUCUGAUACUUUGAUAUAUAGGCAGACUUUUUUCAUUUUUUUCUUCUCUUACCUUGUUUACUCUGCCGGCCUUUGCUUGCUUUGUGGCGUUCCAAACAUACGUGCUGCCAACAGGGAAGCUGCAUGUUUCAAGGGCAUAUCUACCGUAACUUCUUUACCUGAUACUGAAGGAUUGGCAAACAGCUAACAUUGUUCGGGUGAUAAAUGGGUCAGGUCCUAGUCAUGUACAUGUAUGGUUGUUGUUGUUUUUUUUUGUUUUCUUUUGGUUCUUUACCUUUUUGUUUUUAUAUGGUUUUACAAUGAAACAAAUGUAUCACGUUUCAUCUGCUUUGUGGUCUGAAAGAAGUGGGAACUGUGCCUUCAUGGUGCAUUAAGCAUGCAAAUAAAGCCUAUUUUAUUCAAAAAAAUUAAAUCAGAACAUCAUUUAACCCUUACAAAGAACUAGAAACUGUUUAUUUCUCAUGCACACAGUAAAGUUGAAGCCAUUUCUGUUGCUACUAAUGUUAGUGUUAUGUUAAUUCCACAGCUUAGUUUAGGAUGUUGAUUCACUCUGCUGGUCUUAUAAAGUGUAAGGAUUUGUGGAUACAGUCAUAUACGGUAUUUAAAAGACAGACGAGGCUUUCAACGCUGCAAAGUAAAGCCAGUGUGGAAGUGCUCUGAAAAUGCAUUCUUUCUAAUGGCCACCAGGGGGUGAAGGAAAUGGGCACAGAACACGUGUAUACUGAAAUAUGUUUAUAAAUGCAUGGGUGUGUGCAUGUGCACAGGCACGUAUGUAUGUUUAUAUUUGAGAAUGUAUUCAUGUAUAUACAUAUAAAUGUGCAAAUUUGUCCAUGUUUCUGUUUGUUUGCAGCGGAGCAUAUAUCAGGAUAAAGUUUA